UAAACCAUUAAUUAUUGGGAAAGCAAAAAAUCCACGUUCGUUUCGAAAUGUUAACUGUCCCGUCCAUUAUAGAAACUCCAAAACUGCUUGGAUGACGGCAGCAAUUUUCAAAGAAUGGUUUCACCGAAUGUUUAUUCCUGAGGUUACGGAAUUCCUACAGAGCCAAAACCUUCCAGUUAAAGCCAUGCUUUUGUUGGACAACGCAGCAAGCCAUCCACCUGCAGAACAGCUAAUAAGUGAUGAUGGUUCCAUUUUCACUGUUUAUAUGCCACCUAACGUAACUCCGCUAAUCCAGCCAAUGGACCAAAACGCUAUUCGUCUGACAAAACUAUUUUAUCGAAAAAAUUUGUUAUCACAAAUUAUUGGAACUAACCAGGAUAUCGGAGAUGCUCUAAAACAUAUUUCUUUAAAGGGCGCCAUUCUAAAUUUGGCUUUGGCGUGGAGAAAUUUAAGGCCUGAAGUUAUAGAAAAAUGCUGCCAUAAUUUACUUUCACCAUUAGCCGACGAAGUUGACGAUGAGGAAGAUAACAUCCCCUUAAGUGUUUUACGGAGCCGAAUAAGAAAUGAAGACAUUGACACAGUGAGAUCAGAAAUCAUUACUUUAUUGCAGACUUUUAAUCCAGAAGUUCAUAUUCAACCUAUUGAUGUAGACGAUUGGAAUAAAGAUAACUUACCUGACACAAAAGAAACUAAUGGCCAAAGUGAAAGUGAUGGAAACGAUCAAGAUGAGGGAGUACAAGAAGAAAUGGUAGUAAAUAAGGAACGAGUGACAACAAUUCGGCAAUAA